AUGGCGAAGAUGUCAAUUGAAAUCGUUGCCUUCAUUAUAUCCGUGUCUGGAUUUAUUUUAAUUUCUUCCACAGUGCCCACGGACUAUUGGAAAGUGUCUACCAUCGACGGUACUGUUAUCACCACGGCCACAUUUUGGGCCAAUCUCUGGAAAACAUGUGUAACAGAUUCUACUGGCGUGUCCAACUGCAAAGAAUUCCCAUCCAUGCUCGCACUCGAUGCUUAUAUCCAGGUCUGCAGAGGUCUCACAAUUGCUGGUGUUUGUCUGGGAUUUUUUGCUUCUGUAUUUUCACUGGUGGGGAUGAAGUGCACAAAGAUUGGAGGCUCAGAAAGUAUUAAAAGAAAAAUAACCUUUUUUGCAGGAAUGCUAUUCAUUCUCUCCGGUUUGUCAUCUGUAAUUGCUUUUUCGUGGUAUGCAAAUCGAAUUACUGCACAAUUCUUUGACCCCAUGAUAAUAGAGCAAAAAUAUGAAUUAGGAGCUGCUUUGUUUAUUGGCUGGGCUGGCUCUUCACUUUCUUUAUUGGGAGGCACAAUAUUUUGUUUCUCCUUAUCUGAUGAUAAAGAUUCUCCAAGGUAA